UGCCGAUCCCGAGGUAAAGGAAAAAAAUGACAGCCAAAAAGUCUGUCCUCUUCAUUUGCUUGGGUAACAUUUGUAGAUCACCCAUUUCAGAGGCAUUAUUUCUAGACUUGUUAGAGAAGAAAGGAGAAAGGGAUUCAUGGAAGGUAGACAGUGCUGCAAUUAUAGAUAUGCAUGUGGGGAAAAAUCCAGACAAAAGAACAACUAAAACACUACAGAAAAAUGGCAUCACCUCCUACAGCCACAAAUGUAGACAGAUCAGACCUGCAGACUUUUCAGACUUUGAUUACAUAGUUGGUAUGGAUGAUGAUAAUAUGAGUGAUUUAAAUGAUUUGAAACCCAAGAACUGUAGAGCUAAGCUGGUGAUUUUUGGUGACUACGACACAGAUGGAAGCAAGACAUAUGUGGAGGAUCCUUAUUAUAGUGAUGAUAUACAGGCCUUCCAAGAUGUAUAUGACAAAGUUUACCGAUGCUGCCGAGGGUUUUAUGAUAGCAUUACAUCAUGAUAUUUUUCAGACCUCUACACUUUACAGCUCAAAGCUAGCUGUAGUAUUCAUAAUUUUGAAGUAUGUAAUUUGUACAAGCAUACUGAAUUUUUUUAAACAAACAUUAUUACAAUGUUCUGUUAUGCAAAAUUUGUAUUUUACAUGGACCCUUCUCCCAAUUCAAAUAAUUUUUGCAGUUGCCCAAUUUUUGCAGAACUGUUCAGAAAGAAAAGUUAAGAGAUUAAAAUAAAAAACUUUUCCAUUUCUAAAUGUAUUGGAGAUAGAAUAGAAUAAGAGAGUUUGGAAUAGCUGAGAUCUGAAUGCUCUCUGUAAGAUCAUAUUGUAUAUUUUUGAACUGUAGAAAUUAUAAUUAUUUGUUAUAUUGCACGGUAAAGAAAAUAAUCGUCCUUUACUUCAUGGAAAGUUGGUUAUAAAUCAAGCAUGUGUCUCACUGAUACAGUUGGUGCUUUUCCCUUUUUAGCUAUACAUAUAUUUAUAUGUUGAAAAUUUUAUUGUGUAAUUUACACAUAUAAGAUUUAAUGAAUUAAACUGAAAACUA